AUGAAAAAGUUCCUUUGGGAGAAUGGCGUGAAAGUUUCCUUCGGCGUGUUGGGCAUAAUUUACUUCCUCUACCUGAAGCGGUUUGUGAUCCAAGAGUGGGGGAUAUACCAAAUGAAGAAAAAGGAGAGAGACAUAACCACCAACAAAGUUCAAAUUUAUGAAGAUCACAAAAAUGUAAAGCACAUUCUGGACGAGGAAAAGACCAAAACACACCGGAGGGCGUUUGACUAUGGAAAGAAGAACUGA